UGCUCCUCACGGCUCACGUCCACGAAAACAGACAGGUCGGUCAGCCUCCCUUCCCGUUCAGCUGCGUGUCGAUACCCGAGGUUCGUCAUGGGGUCGGUUGUGGUGGUAACAGCAGCAGCAGUGGUGGUGGUGGUGGUGGUGGUGGCUCGGGGCGAGAAUCAUUUGCCGACGCCAUCCCUUCCUUCCCCUCGUCCGUUUGGCUUGUCUGACGAGGACGAGGCAUGGGAUGGGAUUGGACUGGACUGGGGUCCGCGUUAGACUUUGGAAUUUCCGGGGUACCGCCGCCUGCUUUUUGUAGCUGACCUCCGAGAUACUCAAUCGGG